AUGUAUAGUAUAUCAGUAAUCGGAGUUUUUAUAUUUAUAUUCUUUGCAAUCAUAUGUCAAUGGGUAUUAAUAUAUGAACCUUUAGAUUUUUAUAAUAAAACAAUUGGUCAAUUUUAUAUAUUCAUAUAUCAUAUAUUAUCAGCGUUAUUAAUACAUUCAUAUUGGAAAUCAAUUAUAACACCACCCGGCUCCCCCGAUACAAAUUGGAUACCCGAAGGAAAAACAAGCGAUGAUUUAAAACUACUAAAUGAACAAUUUAGAGCAAAGUCAGAAAAUCAUCACACCUUUUCAAAAUCAACAACUGUAUAUGUAGAUGAUGAUUUAACAACAAUAACCGUACAAGGUUUUGCUCAGUAUGUCUUACUUUCAAGCCUCCUAGAACAAAUCAUUGCAAGCAAUGUAACAAAUGUAGAUGAUAGUUUAGCAGCAGUUAAGACACCAACAAAAAAUAAAGAAGAAGAAAUAUUCUUUAUAAUUCCAGAUCCUUUAAUUACAGUUUUGUUUAUACUUAAUCUUUCAGGUUUAAUUCCAGUAUUUUUAGGAGUUUUAGGUCUUUUCUUUUAUCAAUUGGAAUUCAUAUUAUAUAACUAUACACCAGUAGAAAAAUAUCCAAGAAAGAGCCAAGGAAAAUAUGCUAGAAAGAAUGGUUUCAAAUUUAAAUGGAGAUACGAUAGAGGAUUUAAGCAAAACUUUAAAGAUGUUUUUGGAGAUUCACCCAUCUAUUGGUUCCUCUCUUUGGGAUACCCCAAAUCUGAUGGCACUUACUUUAAAGAAAAUGAAAUCUACAAGAAUCAACAACAAAAAAUUUUAGAAACGGAAACCAAACGUCUACUAUCCACAUCUAAAAAUGGCGCCUCUGUUGACCUAGAAAUGGAAGAAAGAGAUCCUGUUCCUUAUUCUGGUUAUAUAGAGAAUGUAUAA